AUGUCUGCAGACCGCAACCCGACAGCUGAGGUCCUGGUGACUGAAGGCCGUCGACACUAUGCUUCUAAGCGAUACAAGCCAGCAUUGGAGAGCUUCACACGCGCGAUGAACCGUUGCUCUUGUACAAAUGGCACUCGUCGUGCGAGGUGCACAUGUAAAAACUUCGAGGAGGUCGCGUCUCGGGACGGGUCCAUUUUCGAUGAAGCGAUGAAAUGCACCUGUGAGAUCGGGAAGUCGUUUAACCAGUGCCGCAACUCGCUUCAUAUCCAGGCUCUCAACUAUCGCGCGGCUACAUUCGAAGCCAUGAACGAACUGGUUCGUGCCAGGAAGGACGCUGAGUGGAUCCUGGAGCUCGCCCCCGGUCUCCCUGAUGGUUAUCUACGACUAGGUAAAAUCGCCCGAUUGCAGAAGAAGAACGAAUUCGCAUGGAAAGUUUUCAAUGCUGGCAUAGAUGCUUGCUCUUCAACUGAAGCAAGCAACUCCCGUGCUUUCAAGCAACUAUACGAAGCUCGGAAGCCUCUCCAUGCUAAAUUCUUUCGGCAUGAUCCCUUCCAAUUGCCUCUGGAUGUUGUGCAACUCAUCUUGUCGCGGCUCGACUUUGUGUCAUUGCUACGAUGCCUCCUUGUUUCCAAGUCUUGGAAACGUUCUCUGACAGGUCCGGAAAACCAUUAUCUGUGGAGGGAGCUGGACUUCAUUGCUACGAAACCACGGCGAGCUCCGAGUACAGCAGCGAUCAUCAAAUUGCUCUCUUACUCUGGAAAUAACGCCCGCCGUCUCCUGAUUGGAAAUGCGGCGAGAUUUUUUCUUACGCAGUCAAAGUUCCGGGUGUUUCUCCGAGGGGCACGCCAGCUGGAGUAUCUCGAGCUUCAUCAUCAAGCUGAACCUAUUGAUAUUGAGGAUUCAGCGUCGAAGAAUGCUCCAAGAUCACUGAAGCAUCUAGUUCUCUCACACUGUGGACUCCCUCGAAACCUGGUCAUUGCAAAUAGUAACAGCCUACAAUCCAUGGAACUGACAAGCGUGACGACGGCCAGGCCUGGGAGAGGCCCCCUAUUUGAAUGUCCCCAGAUACCGAGCCUGAAACAUCUUCGUAUGGAGAUGGGUAUCACCGUACCACUGGAGAAACUAAUAGCUUGCUUUCCCAACCUUGAGCAGUUGCUCUUGAACAGGGUCUCCCUCACUUGCUACUCCUCGGAAGCAAUGAGCUUGCCGCGACUUCGAGUGUUGAGCGUCAAUAUAAACUUUCUGCAUAUUGAGUUAGAGUCAUUGGCCGGCCUGCCGCGCUUUAUUUUGAUGGACGAAUGGGAACAUUUACAACAUAUUGAAUUCCAGGCGGAGCGAAUAUACGUAGAUCCUAAGGGGUCGAGCUUCUUGCGUGGCGAUCUUAGAUUCCUUGGAAACAAUGACCUUCAGGAGACGUCUUCGUUUCGAUUCAAGAGGCUUAAAUCACUUCGUCUGGAUCAAGUCGUGCUCGACCCGCUGGCAUCUAGCCAAAUGCUCGCGUCAAGCAUCGAAAACGGGUCACUUGAAUCCUUGGACAUUGUGUUCGACUGUCCCGUGGACGAAUAUAAUGCGGCGUCAUACAGUUGCCAGCGUAUUAUCGAACACGAAUGGCUCUGCGGCUCCCCAUCAAUCCGCCGCAUUGGCCUCUUCGGUUUUCGGUUUAGGAAAUACCCCAUCAAGGAUAGCGACAUGCCGCUGCCUGACUUCCUUGGUAGUUUCCCAAACCUGGAAACAUUGGAGAUCCGUUCUGAAGUCUACGAAAGCACGGAAUUCGCUAGCCUGAUUGUGGAUAUCUUGAAGAAGACCAAGUUGAAAACUAUAUACCAGAGCGGAGCAAUCGGUUUCGAUCUGGAUAUUCUUCGAAAAAGCGCAGAGCAGGUAGGGGUGGAGGUAGUCUCAGGGCCGCCACCUCGCGUCUGGCCACUGCCUAUUACAGCUGAUUAG